AUGGUGUCUGAGGGGAUCGACAGCAAUCCUCUACUGGUUGGCAUGAGCACACAAGAGCCUCCAGUCAAGGUCAGCGUCUACCCAGACCUCAACGACUUGACCAAAUGCUCGUCAUUCUACUUGCCGCCUUCGCUCCUCAAAGAGAAGUCGGAAUAUUUUCGGGGCGCUCUCAGUGGCAAAUUGAUGGAGUCGGAGGUUAGCGAGGUCAAACUUGUGGACGUACAUCCCAAGGCGGUCAAGAUGUUUGUUGAAUGGUUGUACCUCCGCAAGCUGCACAUCCAGGACGCCGAUACACAGCCUGUCUUUGUCGACGGGGACUUCAUGCGUGCCUAUCAAUUGGCCGAUCGGCUACUGUGUCCCGAGGCUUGUAAGAACGAGAUCAUGAAUUCCCUCCAGGAGCUUCAUCUGCGUCGUGGCUUCCAUCCGAUCGACCUUGGCCAGGCGUACACAAACUCUCUGCCGGAUAGCCUCCCCUGGCGAUAUCUUAUUCAUCACGUGGCCUCCGACUUGACCGAUGUAGAUCUGUACAAGCACUUCACCACCUAUCAGGCGUGGAACCAUCUUCCCUGCGGCGUUGUCAGACCAUUGUUCACCGAGUUCCAUAAACUGUGCGUGGGGUCGCUGAAAGAGGAGACUGCUAAAGACCCCGCUAGGCAGACCGGCUGUCGAUGGCAAGUACACACCAACAAAAAGGAGUCGAAGUGUCGGAACCCAUGUUCUUAG